AGCAUUUGCGGCGGCAGCGCCACCGCAGAACGCACUGACGCCUCCAGCACAUCGAGGAAAGAGCAGUACGUGACUUUAGGCAUCGAGCGCUUCUUUCUGCAGCGUGUUCACCCUUCAGCGCUCCGCUUCGUGAAGUGCUCAUGGAAACAGCAAUGCUCGAGAUGGGGGCGUCGCCGAGGUGUCUUCUGUGUGCCUCCAUUGGCAGGGCUGCAGAGCGAAUUCGUUCGCCGUCUUUUCAUGAUUCUGGCCUCUUUAAGGAAGAAACGGAAAGCCUCCCACGUUACCUUACGGAACUUCCAGGCUCCCGUGACCACGAGAAGGGCGCCAUUACGCCGUUAGCCCAAUAUUCAAGAAACUUCGUGCGGCCGUGUCUCACGUCUGUGCCCAACUUUAUCGCCGAAAUCGUGACACCGGCUCGCUAUAAGCUGUUGCGGGAUACCCUGAUAUGUUGCACAUAUCAAAAUAGAAUCGACUGCAGCAAUGGGAACGCCGAGACCAUGGUCGGCAGCGAUGGUCUUCUGUCGGCUAGCGUGGAUGCAAGUUCCCGCUGCCUUCACGUGCAACUUCACGGCAUGGAGGUGCAGCAGCGCUACUUCGUCUCCGUGGACGUUCAGAUCUGUGAAGAGACAAGUGCCUCGUCUGACGACGUCUCGUCGUAUGUAGCACUGCAGCCAAACCUGCUGGACGGUUUCGGUUGGGCCAAGUCCACACUGCACCUCGACUUGUCUGCGCACCUCAAGGAAAGGUUGCGGAAUUCGUCGUUUUCUGUUCGUGCGGCUCCCACACGCGCCGACGUCCGCUACCAGGCGACGGUGCGCAUACUCCAACUGUCGGAGGACUGCUGGCCUGUCGGCACGAAGCCUGUGUUGAUUCACCUCAGCGAGGGCUUCGUUCACGAGCUACUUUCGGACAAACCCCAGGGGCCACGCGACCUUUUUCCGGGACCUGGACAGUGAGGCCCUGCUGCGCCUAAUCCACCUGUAGCAGCGCCGCCCUCCGACCACGCUGCCUCCGGGAAGUCGCUGGCCGCAGCACCGGCGUCGUCCCUGCGACGAGGGGCAUCCGGCGGUGCGGUUCGGCGUCGGUACCUGCGAGGAAUAUGUCCUUGAGGAACGCGAUGCUUGACCAUCGGCUGAGCCGAGGUUUUUUUAGUAUUGUUUUACGCAACUUUUAUUAAUUUGUAAAUUUUUUA